CAACAAGCAACCCACCGCUUACACGACCCAUUCGCACCCACCAUGUCCACCAUAGUAAAGGAAGCUUCCCAGAGCUCAUACCCCCCCGUCAUUCCCAAAGACUUCAACGGCAACCAGCCAAAGACCAUCCGCUUGUUCCCUCUAAGCAACUACACAUUUGGCACCAAGGAUGGCCAGCCCGAAGAGGAUCCGUCCGUCCUUGCCCGGCUCAAGCGAUUAGAAGAGCACUACUCGGAGCACGGCAUGCGACGGACCUGCGAAGGCAUCUUGGUCUGCCAUGAGCACAACCACCCGCACAUCCUCAUGUUGCAGAUCGCAAACGCCUUCUUCAAGCUACCUGGCGAUUACCUCCGCGCCGAAGAUGAUGAGAUUGAGGGCUUCAAGGCGAGGCUGAACGAGCGCCUCGCACCAGUGGGCACACAGUUCACAGGCGAAGGCGUAAACGACGAGUGGGUAGUUGGCGAUACGCUGGCCCAGUGGUGGCGGCCCAACUUCGAGACCUUCAUGUACCCUUUCAUUCCUGCCCAUGUCACCAGGCCAAAGGAAUGCAAGAAGCUGUACUUCAUCCAGCUUCCCCGUAGCAAGGUUCUCAGCGUUCCGAAGAACAUGAAACUCCUCGCCGUUCCUUUAUUCGAGCUUUACGAUAACACCGCGCGCUACGGACCACAACUUUCAGCGAUCCCUCAUUUGCUCUCCCGUUACAACUUUGAAUUCGUAGACGAGGAUGGCAACGUUGCAGCGUGCACGCCUGGUGUAGGCCCGCCAGACGGAUACCGGCCUCAGACCAAGGUCCUGGCAGGCGGCGAUGGGGACGAUACCACGAUGGAGCAGAAUGGGGAAGGUAGCGAUAUCACUCUUUCGUAGAGCGCUUCCGUUAUCAUUCCGCUCUCUGAGUUUUAUCUUGCUAAUUCAUACCCGGUGUCAGGCGUUACGACAGCGUAGGCAUCAUGACUUUGGUGGUUUGGCUACGAUGCCCAUCUUUCGACGGAGAUGCUCGAUACUUCUCUUGUCCCAGGUUUGGUACAUGAAAUGAGGAGCGGUGCAUC